CUAACCAGUUGGCAAGUGAAAUUUCGGUCGAGUGAACGUGUACUACCCCGGCUCUUUUAAUUAUUGUUGGCACUUUCAAAACUUGAUUAUGAUCGUUGUACAUAAGUAAUUGCUCUGUCGCGACGGAUUAUUCGAAUAUUUCAUAAUUAAAUAAUCAAGUGUCGAGUGUUAAGUGUGUUCUGUUCAAGUUUCGGUCACCUAGUGAAUUGCACUGUGCACACCCUCGAGAUAUAAUCUUUUAGUGAAGUGUUACUCACCUGUUCAUUUCAGUCUUCAGAGGAUUACAAGAACUCUAUGGAUUUACAUCACUACCAGUCGUAUUGGUUUAAAUCAGGACAGGUAGUGAUGAGCUGCUAUGCGCGGUAGCGCUGACCUGAUUUCCCAGUCUCAAAAUGGUUAUCGUAACCAGAGGAGACUACAUCUGGAUCGAACCGGUCUCCGGUCGAGAGUUCGACGUCGCCAUCGGGGCGCGCGUUAUCUCCGCAGAGGGCCGACGGAUCCAGGUCAAAGACGACGAUGGCAAGGAGGUAUGGCUCACUCCGGAGCGGCGGAUCAAAGCCAUGCACGCCACCUCCGUCCAAGGGGUCGAGGACAUGAUAUCGCUCGGGGACCUCCAUGAGGCUGGCAUUCUCCGUAAUCUCCUCAUCCGCUACAAUGAAAAUCUUAUCUACACUUACACGGGAUCAAUCCUGGUUGCAGUUAACCCAUACCAAAUACUGCCGAUCUACACGGCAGAACAAAUCAAGUUGUAUAAAGAUAGGAAAAUUGGCGAAUUACCUCCGCACAUAUUUGCCAUAGGUGAUAAUAGUUACACGCAUAUGAAACGAUUCGGCCAGGAUCAAUGCAUUGUUAUAAGUGGUGAAAGUGGAGCUGGUAAAACAGAGAGCACAAAACUAAUUUUACAGUAUUUAGCGGCUAUCAGUGGGAAACAUUCUUGGAUUGAACAGCAAAUUUUGGAAGCAAAUCCAAUUUUGGAAGCUUUUGGAAAUGCAAAAACAAUCCGCAAUGACAACUCUUCACGUUUUGGGAAGUACAUCGACAUCCAUUUUAAUCAUAAUGGGGUCAUAGAAGGAGCAAAAAUUGAACAGUACUUAUUAGAAAAGUCUCGGAUAGUGUCUCAGUCGCAGGAUGAACGCAAUUACCACAUAUUUUAUUGCAUGCUGGCCGGUUUGUCAAAAGAAGAGAAGCAGAAGUUAGAACUUGGUGAUGCCUCCCAGUACAAAUAUCUUGUUGGGGGCGGUAGUAUUACCUGUGAAGGAAGAGACGAUGCAGCAGAAUUUGCUGACAUCAGAUCAGCAAUGAAAGUAUUACUUUUCACUGAACAAGAAAUUUGGGAUGUUCUAAAAUUAUUAGCAGCUCUCUUGCAUACUGGGAAUAUCAAAUACAAGGCAGCUAUUAUCGAUAACCUGGAUGCAACGGAAAUACCAGAUCAUAGUAAUGUAUCUCGUGUAGCCAAUUUAUUAGGUGUUCCCAAGCAACCAUUGAUAGAUGCUUUAACUCUCAAGACACUAUUUGCUCAUGGGGAAACAGUGGUAUCAACUCUUUCCCGGGAGCAAUCUGUGGAUGUAAGAGAUGCAUUUGUCAAGGGUAUUUAUGGACGAUUGUUUGUGUACAUAGUCAAUAAAAUUAAUAAUGCUAUUUACAAACCUAAGUCUACUGCAAGGAGCGCCAUUGGGGUACUCGAUAUUUUUGGAUUUGAAAACUUUAAAAUGAAUAGUUUCGAGCAAUUCUGCAUUAAUUUUGCAAAUGAGAAUCUACAACAGUUUUUUGUGCAACACAUUUUCAAACUGGAACAAGAAGAAUAUAAUCUGGAAGGAAUAAAUUGGCAGCAUAUAGAAUUUGUGGACAAUCAAGAUGCUUUAGAUUUAAUUGCUAUCAAGCAGUUGAACAUCAUGGCUCUCAUUGAUGAAGAGUCCAAGUUUCCUAAGGGUACCGAUCAAACAAUGUUAGCAAAACUUCACAAAACUCAUGGAGGACAUCGAAAUUACCUAAAACCAAAGUCAGACAUUAACACCUCCUUCGGUUUAAAUCAUUUUGCUGGCGUUGUAUUUUAUGAUACAAGAGGUUUCCUGGAAAAAAAUCGAGAUACAUUUAGUGCUGAUCUCCUACAGUUAAUUCAUAUAGCUAAUAAUAAGUUCCUUAAAUUACUAUUUGCGGAAGAUAUUGGAAUGGGCUCUGAAACAAGAAAACGUGCACCAACGUUAUCAACACAGUUCAAGAAAUCACUUGAUUUACUAAUGAAAACAUUGAGCACAUGUCAACCUUUUUUCAUAAGAUGUAUCAAACCAAAUGAAUUUAAAAAACCGAUGUUGUUUGACCGAGGGUUAUGCUGUAGGCAACUACGUUACUCUGGUAUGAUGGAAACAAUUCGGAUACGAAGAGCUGGGUACCCAAUAAGACACACUUUCAAAGAAUUUGUCGAAAGGUACCGGUUCCUCAUUCCAGGCAUACCUCCCGCUCAUAAGACGGAGUGUCGUGCAGCAACGGGACGAAUUUGUCAGGCAGUUUUGGGACGUUCUGAUUACCAAUUAGGAAACACAAAAGUAUUCUUGAAGGAUGCGCAUGACCUAUUUCUGGAGCAAGAAAGAGAUCGUGUUCUGACUAGGAAUAUUCUUAUCCUUCAGAAGUCAAUAAAAGGAUGGGUCUAUCGGAGAAGGUAUCAACGCAUGAAAGCCGCGACAAUGACUAUUCAGAAGUAUUGGAAGGGUUGGGCACAGCGGAGAAGGUACCAGCGAAUGCGAGUCGGUUACAUGCGACUUCAGGCUCUCAUUCGAUCCAGAGUUCUAUCACACCGGUUCCGACACUUGCGAGGACAUAUCGUUGGUCUCCAAGCUAGAGCAAGAGGCUAUCUUGUUCGAAGAAUGUACGCUAAGAAAAUGUGGGCAAUCGUCAAGAUUCAAGCUCAUGUUCGGAGGAUUAUUGCUCAAAGGCGCUUCAACAAAAUCAAAUUUGAAUAUCGGAACCAAAUUGAAGCUUUGAAAUUGAAAAAGAAGGAAGAGAAAGAGUUGAAAGAAGCUGGCAACAAACGAGCCAAGGAAAUAGCUGAAAAACAUUACAGGGAUCGAAUAGAAGAAAUGGAACGUAAAGAAAUGGAAAUGGAGUACGAAGAACGACGAAGAAUGGAAAUCAAGCGAAAUUUAAUUAACGAUGCGGCGAAAAAAGAAGAUGAACCAGUAGAUGAUAGUAAAUUAGUUGAAGCUAUGUUCGACUUUUUACCAGACUCGAGUAGUGAAGCGCCCUUGCCGACUAGAGAAACUUCUGUCUUCAGGGAUCUUCCAGCUGCAACAGACCUAGAGGAUGAAGAGGACAUGAGUCCUAUCCAAGUAUCACAGGAACAGGAUGAAGAUCUAUCAGAAUUCAAGUUCCAAAAGUUUGCUGCCACUUAUUUUCAAGGAAACAUCACUCAUCAAUAUUCACGCAAACCACUCAAACACCCUUUGUUACCACUGCACACGCAAGGAGAUCAGCUGGCUGCGCAAGCACUGUGGAUCACAAUACUCAGAUUUUGUGGUGACCUAGCAGAACCUCGCUACCACACGAUGGACAGAGACAACACAUCCGUUAUGUCCAAAGUUACAGCAACUCUGGGACGAAAUUUCAUCCGUAGCAAGGAGUUCCAAGAAGCUCAGAUGAUGGGCAUGGACCCUGAAACAUUUUUGAAGACAAAACCACGCUCAAUACGUCACAAACUAGUCUCUCUAACACUGAAACGGAAGAACAAAUUAGGUGACGAUGUGAGAAGGAAAUUGCAAGAUGAAGAGUACACUGCAGACAGCUACCAGUCUUGGUUAGAGGCCAGGCCUACAUCCAACCUAGAAAAACUGCAUUUUAUUAUAGGUCAUGGAAUUCUCAGAGCUGAGCUAAGAGAUGAGAUCUAUUGUCAAAUCUGCAAGCAGCUCACCAAUAAUCCAUCAAAAUCUUCUCAUGCGCGUGGCUGGAUUCUUCUAUCGUUGUGUGUCGGUUGUUUUGCUCCAUCGGAGAAAUUUGUCAACUACCUACGGGCAUUUAUCCGGGAAGGGCCACCAGGAUAUGCUCCUUACUGUGAAGACAGGCUCAAGAGAACUUUCAACAAUGGAACUAGAAAUCAGCCCCCGAGUUGGCUGGAACUGCAGGCAACCAAAUCAAAGAAACCAAUAAUGUUACCGAUAACAUUUAUGGAUGGAAAUACAAAGACUCUAUUAGCAGACUCGGCAACAACAGCACGAGAACUGUGUAAUCAACUUUCGGAUAAAAUUGGUCUCAGAGACCAGUUUGGUUUUUCUUUGUACAUAGCCCUAUUUGACAAGGUUUCAUCCUUAGGUAGUGGUGGUGACCAUGUCAUGGAUGCCAUCUCUCAAUGUGAACAAUAUGCCAAAGAGCAAGGUGCCCAAGAGAGGAAUGCCCCAUGGCGAUUAUUCUUCCGCAAAGAAAUAUUUGCUCCUUGGCAUGAACCUACUGAGGAUCAGGUUGCCACCAAUUUGAUCUACCAGCAAGUAGUGCGUGGUGUCAAAUUUGGCGAGUACAGAUGCGAUAAAGAGGAGGAUUUAGCCAUGAUAGGUGCUCAACAAUAUUACAUAGAAUAUAGCACAGAUAUGAAUUCUGAGCGGUUGCUAAAUCUUUUGCCCAACUACAUUCCUGAUUAUUGCCUCACCAACGCCGACAAAUCACUGGAUCGAUGGGCAGCCUUAAUCAUUCAAGCUUACAAGAAGAGUUACUAUUUGAAAGAAAAAGUCCCUGCUUUGCGUGUCAAGGAAGAUGUCGUGAGCUAUGCCAAGUUCAAAUGGCCGUUACUUUUCUCUAGGUUUUACGAAGCAUACAGGAAUUCAGGACCCAACCUGCCCAAAAAUGAUGUAAUAAUUGCUGUAAAUUGGACAGGAGUGUAUGUCGUUGAUGAUCAAGAACAGGUCUUGUUAGAGCUUUCAUUCCCGGAAAUCACCUCUGUCUCCAGUCAAAAAACCAACAAAGUUUUUACGCAGACAUUCACACUAUCAACGGUACGAGGCGAAGAGUUUACAUUCCAAAGCCCAAAUGCAGAGGAUAUUAGGGAUCUUGUCGUCUACUUCCUUGAGGGUCUAAAAAAACGCUCAAACUAUGUUAUUGCAUUACAAGACUACAAAGCACCUGGUGAAGGAUCAUCAUUUUUAUCUUUCCAAAAAGGUGACCUCAUCAUGUUGGAGGAAGAGAGCACAGGUGAAAGUGUGAUGAAUUCUGGAUGGUGUGUUGGCCGAUGCGAAAGAACUGGUGAAAAAGGAGAUUUUCCAGCAGAAACAGUGUAUGUUUUGCCAGCGCUCAGCAAGCCACCCAUUGAUAUACUCGCUCUGUUUAGUCUUGAUGGAGCUGAAAAUGGGCGGAGAUUGCACCCACAACAAGUUAAUGGUGUAGAUACUCGCGAAAAACCUCACACUCUUCUAGAAUAUGCAUUAGAUCAUUUUAGAGCCCCACCAAAAAGGACCAUGUCCAAAACGCUGACAUUAACCUCGGCCAGAGGCUCAGCAGCUGAUGAGCUGUGGCGUCAUAGUCGUGAACCAAUGAAACAGCCUCUGUUGAGGAAACUGCUUGGCAAGGAGGAAUUAGCAGAGGAGGCUUGUUUUGCAUUCACUGCAAUACUCAAAUACAUGGGUGAUCUGCCUGCCAAGAGACGUCUAGGCAAUGAGUACACAGACCAGAUUUUUGAUGGACCUCUCAAACAUGAAAUUUUACGUGAUGAAAUCUACUGUCAGCUGAUGAAGCAAUUAACUGGAAACCGCAAUCGAUUGAGUGAGGAAAGAGGUUGGGAACUAAUGUGGCUGGCAACAGGACUUUUUGCUUGUAGCCAGAGUCUACUGAAAGAACUUACUUUGUUCUUAAGAACUAGACGGCAUCCAAUAUCUCAAGACUCUCUUCAGAGAUUGCAAAAGACACUGCGCAACGGACAGCGGAAGUACCCUCCACACCAAGUUGAAGUCGAAGCCAUUCAACACAAAACAACGCAAAUCUUUCAUAAAGUUUAUUUCCCGGAUGAUACGGAUGAGGCUUUUGAGGUGGACUCAUCAACGCGUGCCAAAGACUUCUGCGCCAACAUUGCUCAAAGACUGAAUCUACGUUCGUGUGAAGGGUUUAGCCUGUUUGUGAAAAUCGCAGACAAAGUCAUCUCCGUCCCAGAAGGCGACUUCUUUUUCGACUUUGUCCGACAUCUAACAGAUUGGAUCAAAAAAGCCCGACCGUCACGCGAUGGCACCACUCCUCAAUUUACAUAUCAGGUUUUUUUCAUGAAAAAACUCUGGACAAAUACAGUGCCUGGAAAAGACAGAAAUGCUGACCUGAUCUUUCAUUUUCAUCAGGAGUUGCCUAAACUCCUGAGGGGCUAUCACAAGUGUACCAGAGAGGAGGCAGCUCGUCUUGCUGCAUUGGUGUACAGGGUUCGAUUUGGAGAGAGUAAGCAAGAACUCCAGGCUAUUCCUCAAAUGCUCCGAGAACUAAUUCCAGGAGAUUUCCUGAAGGUUGAGAGUGCAGCAGACUGGAAGAGGUCAAUCGUAGCAGCAUACAAUCAAGAUGCAGGAAUGAGCCCAGAAGAUGCUAAGAUAACUUUCCUGAAAAUUAUUUACCGAUGGCCAACUUUCGGAUCAGCUUUUUUUGAGGUGAAACAAACAACAGAGCCAAACUAUCCGGAAAUGCUCCUAAUCGCUAUCAAUAAACAUGGAGUCAGUUUAAUCCAUCCGCAAACAAAAGACAUAUUAGUAACUCAUCCAUUCACACGUAUUUCCAACUGGUCGUCAGGCAACACGUAUUUCCACAUGACGAUUGGAAACCUAGUACGAGGCUCGAAAUUGCUGUGUGAAACGUCCCUUGGAUACAAGAUGGAUGACCUUCUGACAUCCUAUAUUUCACUUAUGCUGACCAACAUGAACAAACAGCGCAGUUUGCGCAUCAAAUGAUCCUAGAAUUUAUUAAUGUUGUAUCUUUAGUCACUCAAUCCCUUGUGCAAUGUUUUUUUAAAUGCAGUCGUUUACUUAUUUGUAUGCAUGAUAAUGUGUUCGCGUUUGUGUAAAUAUAUAGUUGUUGUAGCAUUUUGCAUUUAUUGAAGCUGUAGGUUUUAGUCAAAUUUACAGAUAAGCUGUCCAUUAAAAUAUUUAAAAUAGAUUUAUCUCAGUUUUAAGCGAGAAAUUUUCGUCGAAGGUACAACUUGUACUUUAUUUAUGAAAAAAAAUGGAAACAUGGGUGUUGAGCGGAAAUUAUCAUCAAUUUUUAUUCUUUUGUUUUACUGUCAGAAAUUAGUGAAUAUUUAGGUAAAAUGACUUAUUCUGUCACUGCAGAACCUAGGCAACAUCGCAAAUAGUUUGCAAUUUUGAAAUCAACAUUUUAAUCUGCCUCUCAGUGUCAUCAGCACUGUCUGGAACUGUCUACUAUUUGCCUGAUUACUGCUUGAAGCUUGCAGAGCCAGAUAAAUUUUGUUUAAUGCGUAUUCAAAUGUCAAUAGCAAUAACACAAUCCUGGUGUUUCUCUGUAAAGAAAAACAGUAAUUGUAUAACAUUGUAAGAUAAGUCAAGCUAUUUAUUUUUUCUGAGAUAUGUUUAUUGAAUGGCUGUAAAUCAUUGCCUAAAACGAGACAUUUUUAAUCAACCAUAUCAGAAUUUUCAGCUGCAAUGUCAGCUGUUAAGUUGUAAAAAACUCGGUAUCUGCCCUUUGAAACAAUCAAUUUUACUUGAAAGUAAUUCGUACUUGAAUUAGUUAAUAAAUAAAAUAGGAGCAGAAAAAAUAAUAAAAAAAUGCUAUGUUGAAAGAGUGUUAUUUGAAGGAAGCACAACUUAAAGUGGAACAUAAGUCCUUUAGGUCAUUAAUGAAUCAGGGUCCAAACGUGCAAUUUUAGUUUACUGAUAAUUUUUAGUAUUUUAUUAUGUAAAGUCCGAGCAUACAGCAAAAAUCCUCAUUUAUUUUCCCCGGAUGUAAAGCUUUCUUCCUGAUCAUUUAUAAUUAUGUAAUCACUUCUUCCAGCAAAUAUUUAAUCUUGGUGUAAUGAGACUCGCAAUGUGUACGGUUUUUCCUCACAUUAUCAUCACUUUCAUAGUUUUUUUAAUCAGAUCAAAUGAUCAAUGAAAUGCUAUUCAUACAUCAUCAUUUUUUUUUCAAACACAUCACAACAGUAAAGUGCAAUAUCGUUUUAAAACUAAUCACUCACCCAUCGAAAUUCAACUUGAUGAGACUUAUUUAUAUAUUUAGUUUCGGUCUUUUCUUUCUCAAGAAAAGGCUGUGGAAAGUUGAGUAAAACAAAAUAAUUAAGGUUUUAAUUUAUUUCAAAUUUUCCUGUUUGUACUUACAAUUUUACAUUAUUCCCUGCUUUCUGUAUGUAACAUGAAACAGGUUUUUCAAGCAUAGUUUGUACUUAUUUUUUUUUUUUUUUUCAUCAUUAUUUUUCUAUUCUUUUAUUAAUCUGUCAGGAGUGUCCUGCUCAGCUUCGAAAUUUCAGAAUUCGAGUUAAGUUUUCAUCAUUCAAUAAAAAUCUUGAUAUAACUACUUUCAAAAAUAGUUUUUAAAUUGAGUUUAUCGUUACAUCGUUGGCGUUGAACAUUGGCUAAAGUUUUUUUGCAUAAAUUGAUGAACUAAACUUGUGGUGCUGUCAUAAUAUGGCAAACAAGAACGAACGGCAAGACAGAGCCUGAAAUGUCAGACCGUGACACUGCGCUAUCAGAACUGAAUAUUAAAAAUUCCACUGCUAGAGUUCAAUCCCUAGAGCGCCGCCCCUUGUUUUAGAUAAGGAGCCACUAUCGAAAUUGUUGCCAAAUCAAAUCUGAGCUUACUGUGUCAACGUUAUUUCAAAACCAAAAUACAAUGUUACUGUAAGGAUUUUGAUGGGUUCGACAAAAAUUGUUGUUCCAUCAAAAAAGUUGUCAAAUUGAAGGUCGUUUUAUUGAGGUUUUACUGUAUCCUAUCUUUUAUCAGAGCGGUAAGUUGCAUCAUUUGCUGAGUAAUCAAUGUGAAAUCAAGUUAUGAUUCCCAAAAAUGUUUUCAAGAUUUUCAUGUACCUAAAUCAAAUCUCUGUUUUAACCCUUGACUCUUUUGUAGUCCUAUCGAAAGGAGACUACACACAAUGACUGACAAAUUAAACUUUUCUCUGUUUGCUAAGGCAUUAUUUUUCUUCGGUGAGCAAUUUUUAGUAAUGGUGAUGCAUUUCUCUUUGUUGUCUCUUAAAAAAAAAAUGAAUUGCUGUAAAAUGUUCCAUGUAGUCAGAACCUCUAUUUUGUCUGAACAGACAAAACAGGUAAAAUUUAAAGUGCUGCUGUAGGGCUGUUUCGUGAAGAAUUUUAUUUGUGCAGUUCGGUUUAAAACGUUUUAGUUUAUGUUAAUUGCACUUCUUGCAAUUGUAAAAAUGUACGAUUGAUUUAUAAUUAUUUUUAAGUACUUGUUUUGAAGUAAAAAUAUUAUUUUUAAA